AUGUCUGGUUACAAUCCCCCCGAGAGUAGCAUGCUCACUCGAGGUGCUAUCAGUCGUUUGCCGACUAUGAGCCCAAAUGAGCUUAAUGGGUACCAUCCAAUCCUUCAGAUCACGGCUGUAGCAGCUAUGGGUACAGCCGACAACGGGACGAGAAGGCUACGUGUUGUGGUCUCUGAUGGGAUCCAUUGCUCAAGUGCAAUGCCGUUUGGACAUCUCUUACCGGGUAAUGUACAAUUCCGACAGUACGCGCUGUGUCGAUGUACGUUCUCCUCUGCCAAUGUGAAGGGUAAACACGUAUUCCUAAUAAAGGAUUGCGAAGAGGUGUGCCCGCCGCUACGCGAUGCUAUAGGAAACCCGGUAAUCUAUCGUCCGAGCUCAGCGACGACGAUGCCUAAUAAUGCUGCUAACGAGAAUGUACCGUCUCAUGGGAAUGGUAUGGCUCAGCCAGCUGGACGUGGUUCACAGUUGCAGCAGUACCCCACGCUCGAUGUCCCAACAACGACUGGGGGGUACCCGCAAUACGGAGGGUCUGCUACUACCACAACGGGGUACCAGCAGCAAACACAACAUCAAUAUCAGCAGCCCCCCAGUGGUGGUGGUAGCAGUAGUGGAGCAGGGUCCUCAGGGGCAUCGGGUGGAAGGCAACUGCCAACUUUUAUGGAGCAGCAACAACAAACACAAAAUCCGCAUAAAGUCACUGGACCACCACUACGGGCGAAUCCGACGAAUCCUUACCAGCAACAUAACAACCAGCAGCAACCCGUGGGCGGUGGGAUGCUCAGUCGUCACCAAACAGUCUCCUUGGGUGGUAACACUCAGCAGCGACCUAUCGCAGGAGCCGUCCAACCCGGUCGCCCACAACCGCCGCAUCAGCAGCAGCAGCACUACGGUGGACCUCAACAACCACACAGUAGUGGUCCCGUGUCGUAUCGUCCUGUCGCUAGUGAUAUCAUCCCGAUAUCACAGCUCAGCGUGUACUCACAGAAGUGGACCAUCAAGGGUAGAGUGUCGAGCAAAUCGGACGUACGAACCUUCGUCAACGCUCGAGGAGAAGGACAGCUGUUCUCAAUCGAGUUAGUCGAUGAUCAAAACGGCGAGAUUCGAGCGACCUUCUUCAACAGCGCUGUCACUAAGUUCUACCCUGCUAUCCAACAAGGCAGAGUGUAUACUUUCAGUAAGGGCCAAGUGAAGCAAGCCAAUGCUAGGUUCAAUCCAGGAGCAGCCUAUGAGCUCACUUUCAAUGAUGAUGCCAUUAUUGAGGAGGCCAACGACUCAGCUGAUAUACCGCGGAUACUGUAUAAGAUAUCAAAGAUCGCUACGAUUCAGGAUCGCAACGCUGAUGAGUUCGUUGAUCUAUGUGGUAUCAUCACGCAUUGCGCUCCAAUCUCUACGAUUGUGGUGAGGAAUACUGGACAGGAGAGGGCACGACGAAAUUUCACCAUAGUUGACGAUAGUGGUUGCUCUAUUGAGAUGACGGUGUGGGGAGAGACGGCCCAGAAUUGCGGAGUGGACGAGAAUAGAGUGCAGUAUCAUCCUGUUGUGAUGAUAAAGAACGCUCGUAUCAGUAACUAUGGUGGGAAGAGUCUUACGACUGCCUCUACCACCACUUUGGAGGUGGAUCCUGACGAUUCUCGGGCUUUUGAGGUCAAGAAUUGGUGGCUGCAAGGGGGACAGACAGGUGCGGUACAAGCCUUGUCGAGUGGAGGAGGUGGUGCUGGAGGGAACGCUCCUAAGACGGUUAUUGACGUCAUGAGGAUGGACAACAACCUCUACUUGAGCCUCUCUGGCCAGGCAUCAUCGGAUGUCCCCAAUUCACGUCCUGUCAAUACCCACAACAUUCCGCGCGCAACAGUAGCGCAGAUCUACAAGUCCAACGACAAACCUCUCUACUAUACAAGUUGCAUAACGGAGAUACCUGAUGGUCGUGGCGGUAUACGUAAAUGCAGCAAGAAGGUCGAGCAGGAUAUCUCUACAGGGACGUGGUCAUGUAUUGAAGGCCAUCAAAAUCCGCAAUGCAUGCCAAGGUACAUAAUCAGUAUCAAACUAGCCGAUAUAUCCGGUGAAGUGAUGGUGAGGGCAUUUGAUGAGCAGGCCCAGGCUCUGCUCGGGGUAUCGGCGCAAGAUAUGAUGAACGGUAUGGGGGAAGAUGAGAUUGAGACUCUCAUCAACAACACUCAAUUUAAAAAAAUUAAUGUACGGCUCCGAUCGAAAAAGGAGGUGUACACCGAUGAGGAACGUGUGAAUGUAUCGAUGACUGACUUCACUCCAAUAACCGACCAGAUCCUCCAACAGGAUGCCCAGCAAAUGAUGCAGCAGAUCGAGACAUAUUUGCAGAAGGUCGAUCCCAACAACGGGUCAAGAAAUUGA